AUGUUUCCAUUUGUAUCUACUUACUUUGCUAAUCUUCAGAUUCAAGAAGUACUUGGAAAUUCACCAACAAAGAAGAAUCAGCAUACAAACAACUAUGAAGAACUAGCUGAUCUGUUGGAUCAUAAAGAUAUAGAAUACUAUCCAUAUGAUGAUUAUAAUAAUAAAAAUGGAUUCUCUGGUGAUGGUAAUCAUGCUUUCCGACUGAGUGAAGAGCAUCUCAUCGAUUGGUUCCAACACAUCGAACAUUCAUUACCAAAUGUAAUAGUACCGCUAGGUGAAGAUAUAGUUACAUCUGACAUCAAUGAAACACCACCAACUCAUAUUGAAUAUACAUUUGAUAUUCAAGUUUCAAAAGUAGAUUCAUUGGUGAAUACAUUGGUUGAAGAUGCUAUCUAUUGGAAUCUGAGAAAUGAGGAUAGUAGUUACUAUGAUGAAAACUGUACAACUAAAAAGAAUGAAACGGAAUCACGAUUCUAUACCAACCCAUAUCUGAUUUCUUCGUUACUUUCAUCGUUAUCCGACCAUUUAGACCUGGACAGAAAGAGUUAUACAAUCUAUAUUUUGAAUCCAAACAAUCCGUUGAUAGAUUACAAUAAAGCAACAUCACCAAAAUCAUCAAGAAGUAAACAAUCUAGUAUUGAGGAUUCAACAACAACAACAACAACAACAACAACAACAACUGACAAUGAUAAGAAAGAUGAAGAUGAUGACGAUGAAGAAGAAGAUGAUGAUGAUGAUGAUGAUUCAGACAAUGAUUAUAUUCAAGCUAGAUAUGGUUAUAGAACAGGUAUGUCGAAUAGCGAAUUGGAUUCACUCUACAAGAAUGCCAAGCUGAAAUUCAAUAGUGAAUGGGAUAUCGAUUCCGAUUACAAGUUUGUCUCUAUGUUCCAGCCGACCAAAGACAAUGUGGAACCUGGCGAAUCGGUGCGUCAUAUCAAUGAGAAUGUCAAGUUCAAGGAUAUGUCGAGGCAGUCGUCGGAGUGGGCAAAGAAAAUGCUGAUGGAGUUUAGCAAGUAUAGAAACAACACUGCUGCCACCGGUAGCUUUGGACCGCAGAUCGAUAGCUGCUUCUACGGAUCGCCCGAGGGAAAUGAAGAUCGUUGGAUAUGCGCGGCACCGCGACUCGCCAACCACGACGACAAGCAACUGUCGGCAGUGGAAUACGCGCAGCAUCUCUACAACCAGGGUACGUGGUACGAGAAAUUCUACAUCCAGACGGCCUACGACAAUCCGAUAACAGAGAAUUGCUUGGUCGAUAGCUGGAUAUCACACAAGAGAUUCGCAUUCAUCGAUCUCACCGCUGGUCCGUUCGAGUGGGGACCUACCAUCGGUGGCAACGGACUGAAGAGCAACCUGACACUGCCAAGAGUGCCAUACGGUACACAUGAACAGCGUGUCGAUUCACUGCGUGCCACCUUUGACGAUGCAAAAGAACUCAUUGAAUCACUACAAUCGGAAUUGACAAUCGUACAAACCGUAUUUGAAAAUUCCUGUCAAGAUGUAGAUAGUCCACAUUCUGCAAACAAUGAUAAUUGUUUAUAUUUAAAGAAAUCAAUCGAAAAUAUUGAAGCUUUAAUCAAAGAUCAACAAUCGAUAAAUAAUAUUAUAAGUAAUAAGGGUAAUGUUGAUUUUAAUUCACCUUUAGAUUCAAUGGAUUUAUUACUUGGUAAUUUGAUGGAGAGUGUCGAAGAUUUAGAAAUGAAUAACUUUAAAGCACACAUGGGAUCGGUUCUAUCAGAUAGUUUGAGACAUUUAAUUGCACAACCAUUACCUUUAUUUAAAAUCAAGUUUUAUAAUAGAGUUAAUUUCCAUAUUGUUUUUAUUACAGAUCAUAAUAAAUAUAAUCCAAGACACUUUACAAUGUUUAAUUUCGACUUGUUUAAAUAUGAGAUUGAAAAGUUAAAGACACCAAAUCAAGAGUUUACUUUUAAUAUUAAAAUGUUAUCAAUGGCAGAAGAUCCAUCAUUGGCUUUGGCAUAUCAUACUUCUUUAAAGACUAUUUUGACUCCAACCAUUACAGAGGAUGGCAAGUUUGUUACAAAGCUAAACUACUAUAUCGAUAGUAAGGAGAUCAACGAGGCAUCGAUGGCGGCAACUCAGCAGUGGCAAUGGAGUGUCGGUGACUCACCCAACUCCAACACCUACGCAUUCCCAUUCUCCUACUUUACCGAGUUCCAAAUCGAUGCGGUCCAACGAAACUACAUCAUCUCAUCACUGGAGAGAUCGAUUGCACUCACCAACGAGGCAUCGAACAUCCUCCUCAACCACAAAACCAGUGCAUCCAACUACGUAUCACUCGUUAAAUUCCAAUUCUCAAGCAUCACCAACGAAUUCCAAAUGAUACGUGAACAAUGGAAGAUGUCUGCAAACUAUCUCGAGAAAUUCCAAUAUUCUUUAGCACUCCAAAUAGCGAUUCAAACUGAAAGAAUGUCAUAUAUGACAGCUAUUCAUCAAGAUCCAUUGGAAUGA